AUGACACCAAAUCUUUUGAGCUUACAACACCGGCCAACAAUCCUGCCGACACUGCCACCACUGACCCCACUGCAGCGCCUUUGCCACCCCACCCACCCCUCUCCCGCCACCGCUACCAACACCGCCAUCACUACCACCAUCUCUGGCACCACCACUACGCUAAUACCACAACCACCACUUGAGAACAGCCCUGCCAACACUAAUGCCAAAAGUCUUUACCACCGCCGUUGUCAUAGCAGCUUCCACCAGUACUUAAACCGUUGUCAGAACAAAAACCACCACCACAACCAUCACCACUGCAUCCACCACUGUUACCAAACACCAGUAAAAUCCACUAUUUCAUCACUGCCACCACUGAAACCCCGCGUUGCAAUCAUCCCAAAAUCAGCGUUGCCAUCCAUCCCCAAAAUCAGCGUUGCCAAACCAUCCCCAAAAUCAGCGUUGCCAACCAUCCCAAAAUCAGCGUUGCCAAUCCCCAAAAUCAGCGUGCCAAUCAUCCCCAAAAUCAGCGCCAACCAUCCCCCAAAUCAGCGUGCCAUACGAUCCCCAAAAUCAGUUUGCCAACCAUCCCCAAAAUCAGCGUUGCCAACCAUCCCCAAAAUCAGCGUUGCCAACCAUCCCCAAAAUCAGCGUUGCCAAUCAUUCCCAAAAUCAGCGUUGCCAACCAUCCCCCAAAAUCAGCGUUGCCAACCAUCCAAAAAUCAGCGUGCCAAAUCAUCCCCAAAAUCAGCGUUUGCCAAUCAUCCAAAAAUCAGCGUUGCCACGCCCCCAAAAUCAGCGUUCCACCAUCCCCAAAAUCAGCGUUGCCAACCAUCCCCAAAAUCAGCGUUGCCCCCAAAAUCAGCGUUGCCAACCAUCCCAAAAUCAGCGUUGCCAACCAUCCCCAAAUCAGCGUUGCAGCGUUGCCAACCAUCCCAAAAUCAGCGUCAGCGUUGCCAAAAUCAGCGUUGCCAUCAUCCCAAAAUCAGCGUUGCAGCCCAAAUCCCAAAAAUCAGCGUUGCCAACCAUCCCCAAAAAUCAGCGUUGCCAAUCAUCCCAAAAUCAGCGUUGCCAAUCAUCCCCAAAAAUCAGCGUUUGCCAACAUUCCCAAAAUCAGCGUUGCCAAUCAUCCAAAAUCAGCGUUGCCAAUCAUCCCAAAAUCAGCGUUGCCAACCAUCCCCAAAAUCAGCGUUGCCAACCAUCCCCAAAAUCAGCGUUGCCAAUCAUCCCAAAAUCAGCGUUGCCAAUCAUCCCCAAAUCAGCGUUGCCAAUCAUCCCCAAAAUCAGCGUUGCCCAACCAUCCCCAAAAUCAGCGUUGCCAAUCAUCCCCAAAAUCAGCUGUCCCAAAAUCAGUUGCCAACCAUCCCAAAAUCAGCGUUGAAAAUCAGCGUUGCCAACCAUUCCCCAAAAUCAGCGUUGCCAACCAUCCCCAAAAAUCAAGCGUUGCCAACCAUCCCCAAAAUCAGCGUUGCCAAUCAUCCCCAAAAUCAGCGUUGCCACCAUCCCCCAAAAAUCAGCGUUGCCAAUCAUCCCCAAAAAUCAGCGUUGCCAACCAUCCCCCAAAAUCAGCGUUGCCAACCAUCCCAAAAAUCAGCGUUGCCAACCAUCCCCAAAAUCAGCGUUGCCAACCAUCCCCAAAAUCAGCGUUGCCAACAUCCCCAAAAUCAGCGUUGCAUGAUCAGCGCCAACCAAAAUCAGCGUUGCCAACCAUCCCCCCCCAAAAAUCAGCGUUGCCAACCAUCCCCCCAGCCAACCAUCCCCCAAAAUCAGCGUUGCCACCAUCCCCCCUUGAAAAAAUCAGCGUUGCCAACCAUCCCCAAAAUCAGCGUUGCCAACCAUCCCCCCAAAAGUCAGCGUUGCCAACCAUCCCCCCAAAAAUCAGCGAUCGUUGCCAAAGUCACUCAACGCGGCCUGGGGACUGAACCUUCCCCGAGUGAAAGUUGUCAGCGUUUUCAGACAUCCGGAAGGUGGUGGCUCUGCCCGCACCUGGCCCGCGAGGAGGCGGUCCUGACGCGGCGGGUUUUUCUCGGGGCUGAAGGCGGCGCGGGUUCGAGAAUUCGACUCCUGUUGGAGAAUAUUGAUGGAGCUCAGCCUUGA